AUGACAUAUGCCCUUGGGGGCCAUGGGCCCAUACUAUGGGUCAACAAUCGAGUGACAGGUGCAUGCAUUGCUUCUAGCCCAGAUUCUAAGUUAAAGGUGUUCAGUCAUAAUCCAAUGCAUGGUAGUUUCAUGCAAGUAGCUUUUCAACUAAAUGCGAUGACCAAUUAUGGGAAUCAAUGGUUCCUCUCUUUAAACCCAACUUACAUUCCCUACUGGUGGGUGAACAAUCCAACACAUGGUGAAUUCUACUUUGCAAUGAUAGGAAGAGCCAACAUUAAAGGAUCAAAAACCAACAUCACUAUGAAUGCUUGGCUACCACAAGCUAGUUAUCCUUAUGGCAACUAUUCUGACACCUCUAGCUUCAAAUUUUGA